CAUUGCAACGGCCACCGCUAAACUGUCCCGUAUCUGCUCUACCCCGUGCUCGCUGCCAUCGCCGCCGCCGUCGUCGCCGCAGCCCGCGCCCGCGCCCUCACCCUGCACCUGCGCGUCGUCCACGUCCUCGGCUCGUCUCCGCCGUCGCGCGUGCCCCGCCGAGCCGCCUCCGCCGUCGACGCGCCGGCCCGUCGCCGCCGCCUCGCCGAGGGCCGGAAGCCGGUCGGCCCCUCCUUCCCCACGCCGGUGGCCACGCCCCCUCCUCUUCCUCGCCGGAGGCCGCACCCUCACUCCUCCCCACGCCGGCGGCCGCGCCCUUUCGCUGCUUCGUCGCCGGUGGCCACACGCCAAGGACCAACCCAGGCUGCACCAUGGAUCUCCCUCGUCCAUCUUUGCGGCUGCACCAAACAAUGGAGGACGAAGAUUGUACCCUUGUCCGUUACUUGAUUGUUGAGGAUAACCCGAAUUAUGAGUUUCUCGAUGAUAACGACGACAUACAAACUCUGGUGUCAGCCAUGGAUGCAGAGAGCUCCUACCACGGCUCAAUACAUGUGAGACGAUUUGUCCCCAGAGAACGUGCUGAUGGAGAGGCAAGGAUCAUACGCCAAUACUUUGCUACCAAUCCUAUUUACACCCCUGAAAAGUUUCGUGAAAGGUUCCGUAUGAAGCGUCACGUCUUCAUUCGCAUCCUUAAUGCAGUUCAGUCUGUGGACAGCUACUUCCAGCAACACGAGGAUUGUACUAGGCUUUUAGGAUUGAGUGCUUUGCAGAAGGUGGUGGCCGCAAUGCGCAUACUGGCGUAUGGCUUGCCGUUAGACGCCGUUGAUGAGUAUGUGCAAAUUGGCACGUCAACUGCUCAUGAGGCUCCUAACCAUUUCUAUAGUGCUGUUAUAGCUGCCUUUGGGGAGGAAUACCUGUGUUCUCCAACACCUAUCGAUGUGGCUCGUCUACUGCAAGAGGGUGAGAGACGAGGUUUCCCAGGUAUGCUUGGUAGCAUAGAUUGUAUGCACUGUGAAUGGCGGAACUGCCCUACUGCUUGGAAGGGCAUGUUCACUGGACGCGGGAAGCACCCAUCCAUGAUCUUGGAGGCUGUAGCAUCUCAUGACCUUUGGAUAUGGCAUGCCUACUUUGGCCUUCCAGGCAGCUGCAAUGAUAUCAAUGUUCUGCAGAGGUCGCCUAUUAUCUCAGCAUAUAUCCGAGGAGAGUUACCUCUUGUUCACUUCACCAUCAACGGACGGACAUAUGACAUGGGGUACUACCUUGCAGAUGGUAUAUACCCUGAUUGGCCAGCAUUUGUCAAGAGUGUUUGCCAAUUGCCAUCCUAUGGAGAGGAAGACACAACGUUUUGCUGCUGUGCAAGAGGGUGCGUGCAAGGAUAUUGAGAGAGCUUUUGGAGUUCUUCAAGCUAGGUGGGCAGUAAUCCGUGGGCCGGCUUAUGGAUGGGAUAUGGAGCAGCUUUUUGAUAUUAUGACCGCUUGUAUUAUCAUGCAUAACAUGAUUGUCGAGGAUGAGAAGACUGAGGCCAUCAAUACCAACUUAGACAACAUUGGCAGACAAGUCAAUCCUUUAGGUGGAAAUGUAGCGGAUCAGGAAGCAUUUGUAGCAGCACAUCACAAGUUGCGUGACCAAGCUCGCCAUAUCCAACUUCAGAAGUGUCGCGGCUCUAGAAAGGAGGGCCACAGCCGGGUGGCGUAGCGCACCCGCCUAACCCCAGAGGGUGGAUACCCAGGGAGGAGCAAGCAAUUCUUCAAAUCUACUCAUGGAGCAAGAACACAAGAACACUUGGGAUUUAGAGUGGUUCGGGCCGCCGGAGCGUAAUAUCCUACGUCCACUGAGAGUUGUAUUAUUCUUGGGUCUGUGGAUGAGUCUAUCCUCUGCCUCCAA